ACUUCCUGAUUGGUUGGAAACGCCUCUUUAUCCAUAAAAAGGUGAUGUAGCUUUCCAUUGGAACAGUGAAGUCACCACAUCUUUUGUAGACUUAGUCGUUGCCGCGCUUUUCAUUUGAAACCUAGGGAGAGAGAAGUGGAAAACUGGAUACAAUCACUAGAUCAUUACAAAGCAAUAGUAAAGAUCAAAAAGUUUAGUUAUACUUUUUAAAUUUCGUUAUUUCAACUGAUCAGAAGUUCUCAGAACUAAAAUCAGAAGUUCUCAGAACUAAAAUGACUUUGUUGAUUUGGAAACCUGAAGCACGGACAUACAGUUUUCUCCUCCUGGUUAUUACUUUCUGUGCAGUGGUGACAUGGUGGCAGGUCAACGCUUCAGCCGUUUUAGCCAACAGUAGUUUGGGGGAGGAAUUUCUGACUCAUCUAGACCUGGACCAGAAUUAUAUGAAAAGCAUGCACAAACUUUUGGAAGAAGAUACAGGUUUACAAGAGGAUCAAUCAAGGGGAUUUAGAGAACCACCUUUGAUGGACAAAGGAGGCAUGCUUCUACGUUUUGAGGAUGAGUCCACAUCAUGGACUGACUGGGCACCAGCUCAAUCUAACAUAUGGACUGAGUGGACCGACUGGACAAACUGCGUUCAGGGGUAUCGUCGUCGCUCUCGCAGCUGUCGUGCUGCUCAGUGUUCCGGUCAGCGCACAGAGUCUGUUUCCUGUGACACGUCAUCGUCAAAUAGCGAUCGCACAUUUUGGUCUGAAUGGGCCGGUUGGUCGUCAUGCAUUAAUGGGCAACAAACCAGAGUUCGGCAGUGCAGGAGCGACAAUAAUGAUUGCAACGGUGAGCCCACAGAAAGCAGGCCUUGCGACAGGCAGAUGUCGUGGUCAAACUGGGAGACCUGGACAGGUUGUCAGAAUGGUCAAUCAGGGAGCACGCAAACGCGGCAGCGAAAUUGUUUGGGUGGCUCUUCCUGUGACGGAUUCAGCCGACAAUCCCGGCCUUGCUCUACUCAGACUGAAACCUCAAUAUGGUCCCCUUGGGGCACUUGGUCAGCCUGCGACCAGGGCAAGAGGUUUAGAACAAGAUCUUGUCAGGGGUCUUCCGGCUGUGUCGGCCUAGCAUUUGAAACAUCGUCCUGCCUUAAUCCUGAUGAUCGUCAGCAGUGGUCAUCUUGGAGCAGCUGGAGUACUUCCAGCACAUGGGGAAGCUGGAGUGAGUGGUCUAAUUGCAAUAACGGCUAUCAGCUGCGACAGAGAACUUGUACUUCUGCGAACCAGUGUAGUGGCUCAAGGCAAGAAACUAAAUCCUGUACUGGUCCAGCUACUGUUCCAUCGACAAAUGUUGGCUAUUGGGGGGCAUGGUCAUCUUGCAAUGGAGGAUAUCAAAUCCGCUACUUCACGUGCACAAGUGGACCAGAGCAAUGCGGCACUACGACAUCAGAAAGCAGAGCUUGUAAUACAGACGAGCGAGUGAACACGCUGCCACCCACUCGGUCAUCUUGGACCCAGCAGACACAACGACCGCAAACAACAUGGGUUCAGUGGUCAUCGAAGAGUACACAGUCUAGGGUUCGUCCAUCUCAAGCACAGUGGAGCUCCUGGUCGUCUUGGUCUGAGCAAAAUACCAACACCAGAACUCGACCAUCUCAACAACAGUGGGGCUCGUGGUCAUCUCAGUCUGAGCAAAACACGGAUACCAGAACUCGACCAUCUCAACAACAGAGGGGCUCGUGGUCAUCUCAGUCUGAGCAAAACACGGAUACCAGGACUCGACCAUCUCAACAACAGUGGGGAUCGUGGUCAUCUUGGUCUGCACAAGGCACCGACACCAGGGCCCGUUUGUCACAGCCGCAGUGGGGCUCGUGGUCAUCUUGGUCAAGCUGUGACCAAGGUUUAAGAAGGCGUGUCCGUACCUGCAUAACUGGUCAGUGUAACGGUAACAACUCUGAAACAUUGCCAUGUUAUUUGCAAGUUCAGCCGAUGCCCCUUGACCCAGGAAACGAUGAUCAGAGAGACAACAUCAGUGGUCAGCAAAGAACCAACAAUCAAGGUGACCCUAGAAAAGGUGGACACAGAGACAAUAACAGCGGAGAUCUUACUUAUCAUAAACCUAUUGAAUGGAUACACAAGAAGGAAUAGCUUCUAGAACAUUAACGUUUUCAACACAACAUAAAUCACGUGACUAUUUCCUUGUAUUUGAAUGCCCAGUUUCAAAAAGAGGUGUAAACUAUUGAAUCAAUGGUCUGUACUCAAGCUGGGUGCUGCAGUACUUCAUUGACAAUAUUUCAAUGUAUUUGUACAAAACAAUAUUCAUUACGAGAAAUCUCCAGUUUGAAUUGAGUCAUUCAUCUCCUGGUACUUUCCUUGUAUUCACUUACGUCCAGUGAACCGAAAAGUUAUGUUAUUUUUUUUAAAACUUAUCCAGUCCUAGUCAACAAUAAAUACACUUUACAAUAGUGUCUUAUUUCGUAAUGUCAUUCAAAAAUAGGUUUAAUGGAAAACAAAAUGGCUUAUGUGAUAGCAUGUUGAAGGAAUGAAUAAAUUAGGCUUAUAUUUUCUUUGAAUACACUGUAAUGGUGUUCAGGCAAAGUUCUAGAAGAAAUAAAUAAAUAUUUUAAAUAUAAAUUUGCCUUCAUUCUAAAUUUACCUUCAUUCUUGCAAAACGAUUAUUGCUUUAUAAAAAAAAAACCCAUUGUAUUGCCUGUUAAGCUUUUAAUUAAUGCCCAAUCACCUGAUUAGAUUCAAAUAUAUUGUAUGUUUAUUGUUUCUUAUACUGUCUCUGAUGUCCACUCUCUACAUAUAACAUUUUGAAAAGCUAGCCUCCUACUGUAAUUACGCUAAACAUUAGCAUUGAAUUUAUUGCUAAUACAUUACGUUCUUAUGAGAUUCGUGUCCUGCAGUUUGAGUGUCAUAAAUUUCUUGUAUUUUUAGACGGUCGACUGUAAUUUUCUGCCAAAAAUGGACAUGCCUUAACCCUGAUGUGCGUUGUUCUCUAUGUAUCAAUAACAUGGUGUGACAGACUAUAGAAAGUCCACUGGAUAACAUACAACAUUGCUAUUGAAGUAAUUAUACCCAGGAGAGUGUCAGCGUAAAUAUCAAAUCCAUAUCUGCUUGGAAAAGGCAGUCUUUUCUUUUUUCUUUCUUUCUAUCCACGCGAGACCGGAUUUCAAGGGAAAUGACUCUCAUAAAUUAGACUUUCGCGUUUUAGUUCGUCUGAAGUUGCGUGUCCUGGCGUCUAAAUUACUUAUCUAUUGCGAAUGAAGUUGAAUAUCAACCCGCUAGGCGGGAAACUUAAGAGAUUUUUAGUUGAAGUCUGGAUUUAUUAGUUCAAUAACGUGUAUUGUCAUGAAAUAACACAGAUGAGCUUUUUUUUCAGUAACAUUUGUCACUGAAUAGCCCUACAUGAUAUUUCUUCUUCAUAAUUCUAGCAUUUUCAACUAUGGCAAAUAUCCGGCUACUUGCUCUAUAGACGUCUGUUAAUUAAGUGAACUUAAUUGAGACGGCAAAGAGGCCUAGUGUUGUUAUUUUAUUUGUUUGAAUCAUAAUGUCACAUUAAAAGCUUGAAAAAACGAUGGUAAAUUUUUAA